AUGGCGGUCCUCAAUGUCAUACCCCCGAAGCCCCCUCUAUUAAGGCUCCCAAUUGAGCUUCUAGCGAUGAUACUCAACGAGUAUAUUCGCAUGGACCUUCCCUUGACGCUACUCAUGACGGUAUGUCGCGACCUGAACGAGGUCAUCAAGAAUACGCCGCGACUCUGGCGACGUAUUCUGAUUUCCUUGGACCAGAUGCCCCAAAGCCUCAGAACGGGCAGUACUAUGGCCUGUGCGACCGAAAAGUUCCUGCAGACGUGCAUCCAGCGCGCUCACAACUCGCCGCUUGAAGCCACCUUCGUCGUUGGUCGUAUUGACGAGUCUUCUCCCACGCCAGAGCUCAGGAGGGCAAGGUUCCAGAUGCUCAUGUCACGAUCGAGUCAGAUUUCCUUCCUCUGCCUCAUCAUCAACCCCAACACCCCUCUUCCCGUCAUUAAGGAUUCCUUUCACGACCUCUUCAACGCCUCUGCGACCUUCCCAGCUUUGGAAUCGCUGAUGAUAUACUCUGCGAUCCCCGUUCCUGGCCUCCUCAAAGUCUUUCGCCCUCUUCUCGACCAGCUCGAGCGGACGACAGUCAAGCUCCGAUCAGUAUACUUCGAGAAUGUGACUGAAGAGUUCAUUCUAGCGGCCAGAGAGUACAAGUUUUGGCGGAAGUUAUGCAGGAUCACGAUCAAGGGAGAGUAUUCGCCCCUUCACGUUACAGCAUUCGAGGGAUGCAAGAAUCUGGAGUUCCUAUCUAUAUCAAGCGAGCUUCUUGUACAUCCCUCGUCUGCCUUGCAUCCUCCUCUUCGUCGUGGGCCGCUUGGUAUCCCAGACCCAGAUGAAAUGGACGCCGACGCAGUAUCCGAAUCCAAAAGUGAACACAUCCCCGUGCAUCCCGAGCGUAACGUUCCCUUGACAAAGGUCCAGUGGCUCCGCGUUGGGGCUAUCGCAAUGUCUGGCCUUCAGGAACUACAAAUUCCCAACGUCAAGUUCCUCGUGAUUCAGUCGGCACUUCCGGACAGCGCACGUCAGGAGCCUGUCCCAGCACAUUCAAUUCGCCUCCCAAACCUCCAGGUAUUCCACGUCGCAGCCUCUCAUUCUGAGAUUCUCGCCAUUUCCGCACCCGAACUCCAUACGCUAUGUCUCCAGGUCUCUGUGCUCAAGCGUGCUGACGCCGACCGGGUUGUGUCGAGCAUCUUCCACGGCGACGAGGGAAUGUGGACACCCAAGACUCUCAGCAUCAACGCGCCUAUUCAUGACAAGCACUACGAGACGCUUUAUCGGCGCCUUCCCGAUCUAGAGACCUUGACGGUUACACUCGGCGAUAAACCAAGCGAGACAUUUUACAAGACACUCAAGAAGCGUGGUAUCCUCCCGAAGCUCCUUCGCUUUACCAUCGAUUUUGACGCUCCUUCCCCACCAACACCAGCUAACGCUGCUUCGACCUCGACUCCAUCUCAGAUGCGUACUGUAAGGUACCCUCCCCUCAGUCAAUCCGAACCUCUGGCGACUGGAUCACGCAAGCCGUGGAAAUCCGGGGGAAGCGCCGUGUCGAACCUCAUAGCACGAGGCGCCAACAGGCUCAAUGGCAGCGGGGGCGGGUCGAGUGGAAACAGAUCGGUGCCCGAUCCUCUGUCCGACCAAGUUCGGCCGUCCAUGCGUGAGGUUGCGCGAGUAAGGGCUCAGCAGAAACUCGAAUUUGCGCUCCUUUGUUGCAAGUAUAGCUCAGAGAAUCUCACAGAGAUUUACGCCGAGAAGGAUGUUUCCGAAGAUCCUCCUGUGAGUGCGUCCUUGGAUGCGUCAUUCGCGCGGACGGGCAGGCUUUCGAUGGCCAAGACCGAACGCAAUCGCCAGGUGGGAGCUAAUACCAGCGACCAUGCGGAAAGCAUUGAAUAG